CCAGUGCUCGGUUCCCGACACUCCGCGGCGCAGCCGAGGUGGGAGGAAGCAGCUGCAGAAAGUCCGCCGGCCGCCGGGUGUUUCCUGUUGAUGGCUAUGUGACCAGAUUUCCCACUUCAAAUCACACAGAACUACAAAGCUCAUGAACUUGGAGAACCUGGGUCAAGGUGCCAAUGAGUAAAUUGUCACAGCGGGUAAGGGAAAAGAAGAUAGAAGGCAUCUGUUGAUUGUCGUUAUAAUAUUUAAUUCCUACAAUAGGCAAAGGAAGAACUGCACCGGAGGUGAUGUGUGCAUAAAUCAAAGCAGAAGUAACGGCAGCAGAAUGUCAGCCCUCAGCUGGAAGCCUUUCGUGUAUGGAGGACUGGCCUCCAUCACGGCCGAAUGUGGCACGUUUCCAAUUGAUUUAACCAAGACACGACUCCAGAUUCAAGGCCAGACGAAUGAUGCGAACUAUAGAGAGAUCAGGUAUCGAGGCAUGCUGCACGCCUUGGUGAGAAUCGGCCGAGAGGAAGGAGUCAAGGCGCUGUAUUCAGGGAUCGCCCCUGCCAUGUUACGCCAGGCUUCCUAUGGCACCAUCAAGAUAGGCACUUACCAGAGCUUGAAGCGAUUAUUUGUUGAACGGCCAGAAGAUGAAACCCUGCUGGUAAAUGUGAUCUGCGGGAUUCUCUCUGGAGUCAUCUCCUCAUCCAUCGCUAAUCCGACGGAUGUGUUGAAAAUCCGGAUGCAGGCCCAGAACAACACCAUUCAAGGGGGCAUGAUAGGCAACUUCAUCAACAUUUACCAGCAGGAGGGGGCGAGAGGCCUGUGGAAGGGUGUGUCCCUCACGGCUCAGAGGGCGGCCAUUGUCGUUGGCGUGGAGCUGCCAGUCUACGACAUCACCAAAAAGCAUCUGAUUCUCUCGGGCCUCAUGGGAGACACUGUGUACACCCACUUCCUUUCCAGUUUCACCUGUGGCCUGAUGGGGGCCUUGGCCUCAAACCCCGUGGAUGUCGUGAGAACACGGAUGAUGAAUCAGCGAGUCCUUCGCCAUGGCGGGAGCUCAGGCUACACAGGGACCCUGGAUUGCUUGGUACAGACAUGGAAGAAUGAAGGAUUCUUUGCUCUCUAUAAAGGGUUUUGGCCAAAUUGGUUGAGACUUGGUCCAUGGAAUAUCAUCUUCUUUGUGACCUACGAACAGUUGAAGAAAUUGGACUUGUGAUGAGUCUGUCUGCAGUGAGACCUCCUUCUGAAAAAAUGCUGCCUUCGAAACAGUAUGGCUUACUGCCUUUCAUUCUGCUUCUCGCCACUUGGCUCCUCACAGAUUCUGGGAUGCAGACAACACAUGGAGACCAGGUUGGUUCGGGUGCAGCCAUGCUGGCACUGGAUGCCCUCUGUCAGGUGUGAGAACUGUACUGUGCAGACACUAGCCUGACCACCGACAGGUCACUGACAACAGAGGUGACGUAUGCGAUGCACUGUUUGUCACCUGAGAAGACUUGCAAGGAGAUCUGCCCGAGCUCUGUUCUUUUUGGGGGAGAGUCAUUCCUGCUGUGAUCAGCUUACAGCCAUGAGCGUUAGGCUGCCCUGAAUAAGCUCAUCAGAACCGUGGCGUGGAGUCUCCGAGAGGGUCAGUGUUGCUUCUGAACCCACUAGGGCUGCCACUGAAGAAAUCUUGGGGGUGGAGACCCGGGUAUUUGAACUUGGGCAUAGGCAACGCAGCGUAUGGAUCUUUGGAAUAUUGGACUGUUCUGUCGUUGUCCUCUUCUGGC